AUGGUGAUACAGACAACAUACAUUCGUCGUGUUCGUGGCCAACUGGAGGCAGAGGAUGAGAAGAAGAAGAAGAAGCGAAAGGGACACCUCGUGGGUGAUGGACUCCCACGCGUGUUGACUCAUCCAAACUUUGUAUGCCAAGUUCGUCACACUAAUGAGGUAAACAAGCAGAAGGAAGCAGAGAAGGAGCAACGGAAGGAGACUCAAGGUGAGAAGGACAAAGCCCGGGAGGAAUGGAAAAAACAAGAGGAGGAACGACGAAAAGAGAAUCAAGCUCUUCAUGAUCAAUGGGUUGAGGAUUGUGUAGCGUGGGAGCGAUUGCGGGAGCAGAUGAAGGCUGAGGGACGGAAGAUCUCAACCAAGAAGCCACUGUGGAAGGACCGAAAGCUCCCAAAUGUCCCCAAGCCAACGAUCUUGAAGAUGUCUCGCCGGAAACAUAUGAAUCAGACAGCAUCAACUGCUCAACGUGAUUCCGAAGAAGAACUGUCAGAAUCCACUGGAAGCGGUGCCGAUGACAACGAUUUUGAUGUAGAGGACGAUGAAGACAAGGAGGAGGAGGAUUGA